GAGCUGUCGCAAAAGAAAUGUCAUUAAUGUCAUACCAGUAGUAGAUGCAUUUAGGAUGGCGUCGUCAACAGUAUCUUCUGACACUCAAAUAUCGAAUUUAACUCAUGAUGUUUUGAAAGUUUCGUUCUUGGAAGAAGCAUUUAACUUCACUAUCAUUCAUCAUCAUGAAGAAGAAGCAGAAAAAUUUCAAAAGUUCUAUCAAGACUUUGUUGCGAUCUUCACACCACUCACACCCGAGUUCAAAGAGAGCGCCGUUCGAAAGUUCUUGCUGCUUGCCGCAUCGCAAGGCAAUUCUGGGAAGCUGAAUUGUUUGAUGCAAGUACUCCAGAAGAUGGUCAAUGCGAAUGUUCUGACCCCAAGACAUGUCUGUGAGCAAAUACUCCUGUGCGACAAAUUAGUUUAUCAGAACAAAGACUUUUGGAUCGGCUCGUUCCAAUUGAUUCGAAAGAUUAUCGGCGGUGUUGACUAUAAAGGUGUUCGUGAGAUAAUGAAGGGAUGUCGUGACAAAACGCAGACAUUUCCCCAUAACAUCGAUUUGAGUAUUUUACCGCAAAUGGAAGCCGUUCAAGCGGUUUUGGAACACAUUUUCGACCGAAAUGCCAGUUUGCUUCCGGCCUAUUUUAUAGCAAAUGAGAUACAGAAGUCAACACCGUUGCAUCCACUGAAAAUCAACAAGCUGGCGGUCAAUUUCGUUGAAGAUUUUCGAAAUAUUGCGCAAAUGGUUUCCGUCAUUGGCCACUCGAGAAUGUUACCGAUUGUCGAACAUUUUGGUUACACGGAAACAUUGAAUCCGUGGCGUUUGGAUCCGAACACAUUGAAAUUUACGUUCCGAGGUAUUUUACCGUAUGACGCUGAAUUGUUCCAACCGCAGACACAUUUGUUGCGAUAUGUUUUGGAACAGCCUUACUCAAAGGACAUGGUCUGCUCGAUGUUGAAUCUACAGAAGCAAUCGAAAACACGCUGCGUUUCGAUCGAAGAACAACUCGUUUGGCUAAUUAUGUCGGCAAUGGAACGUUCCGAAGCGGAUCCCGUUCAAACGACGGAUGCCGAUGAGGCUCAAAGUCCGACGCAUUGGUUAUGGGUACACAUCUCAUCGCAGCUCAUUUAUUUUGUCCUCUUCCAAUUCGCCAGCUUCCCGAACAUUGUCAUUUCACUGCAUGACAAGUUGGCUGUUCGCGAUCUGCGCAAAGGCAGAGAUUAUCUUAUGUGGGCGCUGCUGCAAUUCAUAUCGGGCAGCAUACAACGAAAUCCGUUGUCGAAUUUCCUGUCGGUUAUAAGUCUGUACGAUAUUCUGUAUCCGGAAAGAGAACCACUAGCGGUGCCCGAUUGCACGAAAACGUCUUACUGCACCAGACAAAUGGCUCCUACAUGCAUUUGGUUCCACUUGCAAAAGAAAGCGCAAUCCGAACACAUUAACAUCAAUCGGCCCAUACCACUAUCGCUGAAAAAGCAUCACGAAUUUUUGCAACAUUUGAUGAUGUCAAACAACGCACCUUUGACCAUGGGAUCAGAUUUCGUCAUCGUUUUGAUGUGCAACGCUUAUUCCACUCAUCCGGAAUAUUUUACCCGUCCAAUGGCUGCCCUAGUUGAAUCAAUAAAUAAAAACGUUCAAUCGUCGACGGCAAACACGAAUGCAGCUACAUUUCCAUUACCGAUGAUCACGCUCGAUAGUUUAACCGUACAUGCAAAGAUGUCGCUGAUACACAGCAUAGUGUCCCACAUCAUUAAACAGGCCCAGACCCAAACGAAGGGAUCGAUGCCGAACGUUAUCAAUAUGGAUCCAGCACUGGUGGAAACAUAUUCGAGACUUUUGGUGUACACAGAAAUUGAAUCGCUCGGAAUCAAGGGAUUCUUGAGUCAAUUGUUGCCGGCUGUUUUUAAAUCUCAAGCAUGGGGUAUAUUACACACACUACUCGAAAUGCUUUCGUAUCGAAUGCAUCACAUUCAGCCGUUCUACCGAGUGCAAUUACUUUCGCAUCUACAUUCGUUGGCGUCCGUGCCACACACAAAUCUGACUCAAUUACAUUUAUGCGUUGAAUCAACGGCAUUACGUUUGAUAACCGGACUGGGAAGUGCUGAAGUACCGCUACAACUCACUCGGUACUUUACGGAGCCAAAACUACCUGGCAGUGCUGUUAGUUUGGAGAGCGAAGAGUUCAAUCGAACGUUAAUACUGACGAUUGCCCGAUCGAUGCAUAUAACCGGAUCUGGUAACGACGAUCAAUCUACAGCUUGGUGCAAAGAUCUGCUAAUCACAAUAAUGCAAAAUACUCCGCAUUCAUGGGCUUCGCACACGUUGGCCUGUUUUCCAACAAUUUUGAACACAUUUUUCUCGCAGAACACCACGCCGAAGGAAAACAAACAGCAGCUGAAAAAGUCGGUUGAAGAGGAGUAUCGGAAUUGGGUAUCAAUGUCCAACGAAAACGACAUCAUUGCUCACUUUAGUGUGGCCGGAACACCUCCGUUGUUCCUGUGUUUGCUGUUCAAAAUGAUUUUGGAAACAGACGGCAUUAGCGCAGUAGCGUACAAAAUUUUGGAACGCCUGGGAGCUAGAGCACUUUCGGCCCAUUUGCGUAAACUGUGUGACUAUUUGGUGUUCGAAGUGACCGACUCUGGAAUGAACACGCACAUCAACAAGUGUGUGGACACAAUCAACGACAUGAUCUGGAAAUACAAUGUGGUUACGAUUGAUAGACUGGUGUUGUGUUUGGCCCUACGAACACACGAAGGCAAUGAAGCACAGGUUUGCUUCUUCAUUAUUCAACUGUUGCUGUUGAAGACACACGAAUUCCGUAAUCGUGUACUGGAAUUUGUCAAGGAAAAUUCGCCCGAUUAUUGGAAACAGACGAAUUGGCAUGAAAAGCAUCUGGCAUUCCAUCAAAAAUAUCGAGAAAAAUUCACACCCGACGAAUCAGUUAGUCAUCCAACAGCACUGCCCGUGUAUUUCGGCAACGUUUGCUUGCGAUUCAUUCCCGUUCUUGAUAUUGUCAUUCAUCGAUUUUUGGAAGUCAGUGUUCCAAGUGUCAGCAAAACACUGGAAAUCAUAUUGGAACAUCUGGGAUGCUUGUACAAAUUCCACGACCGACCAAUUACUUAUUUGUACAACACGCUGCACUUCUACGAACGAAAAUUGAGAAAUCGUCCGCCGUCGAAGAAACGAUUGGUUGCAGCAGUUUGUGGAGCUCUGUCUGACAUGAGACCACCAAACUGGGCCUUAACGGAACAGUAUCAAUUGUACAUUCAGAUGAACGAUGCUGAUGCGACGCUGUGGAAUCCGGAGUUGUCCUAUUACAUUUCAAUCAUGAGACGAUUCAUUGACACAAUCAGCGGAAAAAAUAUUUUCUACCUCACUGACUGGCGUUUCAAUGAAUUUCCGAAUGCUGCUGCUCAUGCUCUCUAUGUUACGUGUGUGGAAUUGAUGAGUCUUCCAGUGGGACCGCAAGGUGUUGCCAACAAUAUCAUUGACGUUGUGCUGAAAGGUUACACAGUUAUACCACAAGAUCAGAUCCAUAGUUGGAUCAAUGCAAUCGGCGUGAUAAUGUCUUCGUUGCCCGAAGCCUAUUGGAGCGUAAUGUACGAUCGACUACAUGAAUUGAUAACAUCCAGUAAAAUGGUCGAGUGGUCGUACCGUCAUUCGCCGUUCGACAUGUUCAACUUCAAAGUGGUCAAAGAAUCAAUGCUGGAAAAGAGCUAUGUUCUGUUGCUGGCGAUUUGUCAAUCUGUUUUGCAUCAUUCGAGUAUCGGUCAGAUUUCAACGAUUGCUGACUACAUCAAGGACAAGCUGAAACAUUUUGUCCAAAAUGAGUACCAGCUGAUCUAUCUUUGUCAUUUGUUUGCUCCAUUUAUGCUGAGACUGGACCAAGAGCGUCCGAGAAUCGGUUACGAACUAACGACUCUGCUCUACGAAUUACUGGAACAAGUCGAUAAAAAACAGAGCGCGACAACGCUAAAGUACAUGGAUCCAAUAUGUGACUUAUUGUAUCACAUCAAAUAUAUGUUUGUUGGUGACAUGUUGAAGGUGGAAUCGGAAACGAUCAUAAGAAAAUUGCGACCAGCACUUCAGAUGCGAUUGCGCUUCAUAACUCACUUAAAUGUUGACGAAAUUGUAUCCGAGAAUAAUGCCAAUAGCGACCAAACCACAGCUGUACCAACAAAUAAUUCGUCGGUACAACAACAACAGCAGCAGCAACAACAACAACAAUCACAGCCACAACAACAACAGCAACAGCAGCAACAAGUAACACCUCAAACAAACCAAGCGUCAUUACAACAACAGCAACAACAACAACAGCAGCAGCAGCAGCAAGCUCCAACACAUCAGCAAACAACAGCACAGCAACAAGCAGUUGCCAAUCAAGUGCCAAUCCAAUCGAACCCAACUCUACAGCAUAUUCAACCGACAAACCAACAUUUACAUCAAGGGCAACAAGGUCCGAUGCAACAACAGCAAAUGCAGCAGAUGAUGCAGCAGCAAUAUCAAAAUCAGCAAAUGCAACAUCAGAUGCAGUCGAUGCAACAUCCGAAUCGAAUGAAUUAAGGGUGACAGUGCUGUAAUAUUAUUGGAACAAUUAAAUGUAUUGAACUUAA